ACAAUUAGUUGCAUUCGACAAACAAUGAAAGCGGGACUAAUUGGUUAAUUACGAUUAGAAAAACUAGUGUUUAUUUUGGUAAACAAUAUGAUUAGAGUAAAUUUAGUGAUAACAGGGUUAGUUUUAGUUUCAUAUGCAGUACUGGUAGUAGCACCAUCGAACGCAGUGAAUCGUUGCUUCCAAUUCACGUGGUUGGGUCCGCAGUACAAUAAGGACAGCGUGUUCCUCAACGCCACCUGUCAGGACGCGACCCGGCUGGCGAAAGGCGUGCCGUGCCAGCAGCCUUUGGUGGCAUCUUUCGACGGCACAUGGCCCGACGUGGAGUACAUUUGGACGUACCACUCACAGGAAGCCUCGUGCAUUUUGGGUACUAACGAUGUCUGCGCGCAAUAUACAUACUACUUCAAUAACAUACCGGAAAACUCUACAUACAUGUGCACCAGAGCGAUUGAUCAGCUCGGAAACGCCAUCACCAGCGGCUGCUUCCAGUCGACGAAUGGGAGCUCGUCCACUAGGGUAACUAUUGCAAAAAUUUUAAUUUAAACCUCAAAAAUGUAUUCAGUGUUAACGAGAGGAAACGCUAUAUUAACGUAUACACUUAGCGUGCUUGCAUGCUUAACUUUCUUGUGUUUUCUAUCUACAUUAACUGUGGAUUACAGAACGAAUACCCAAAUGAACACAGUAAAAGUAGUCGUCAAGAACGUGCCGGAUUAUGGAGUUUCUAGAGAGAGAAAUGAUCUAGGCUUCCUAACUUUCGAUCUGAAGACUGAUCUAUCCCAUUUGUUCAACUGGAAUGUGAAACAGCUAUUCUUGUAUCUCACAGCGGAGUACAUUACUCCCAACAAUGAGCUCAACCAAAUUGUACUAUGGGACAAAAUUAUUCUCAGAGGAGAAAAUGCUGUUCUUGACUUCAAAAACAUGAACACGAAGUACUACUUCUGGGAUGAUGGUAAAGGCUUGAAGGGCCAUAACAAUGUAACACUAACACUGUCGUGGAACAUCAUCCCAAAUGCAGGGUUGCUGCCUAACGUCAUGGCCCUCGGCUACCAUUCCUUCCGGUUCCCGACUGAGUACACCCAGACCAGAGUGUGAUCAACAUUGCAACUUUGCUUUUAAAGUAUCUCAGUUAAAAAGUACUAGGAUAGUUAUACACCUCGGCAAAUAUACCUUCUCAACAAUAUGUAUAUUCAAGGAGCUAUUGAUUGUAGAUCAGGUGUAAAGAAAACAUUGUGCCUUCAAGUCAGCUUAACUAGAUGACACUACAGUACACCAUAAUAUGUGUUUUGGUGUAACUGAAUUGUCAAAUGUCAACUGUCAACAACCAGAGUUACCACAUAUUAUGUAUGGGGUCGUCUAAACUGUCAAAUUUGUCACACAAAUGUGUCUUAGGGCCACUUGCACCAUCCCACUUACCCAGGGUUAACCUGUUAAACCGUUAACCUAGUAUCAAAUUGUACUGGUAACCACGGUAACUCCAGGUUUAACCGGUUAACCCUGGGUUAGUGAAUGGUGCAAGUGGCCCUUAGACUACAAACCUCUUCCAUAUUAAUAACUGGUAUUAUGUAAUUUAUGUAUGAUACUUUCCCUUUUAAUAUAUGCUCUCUGUAGCAGAAGAGACAGAUUGCCGAGAUGCAUAGUUAGACAGUACUGUAAAUGGGUGAAUGUGGUGUGACAUAAGAUAAUAAGAGAAUACAAGUUUUCUGUAAA